GCCGAGCAAUAUUGUUCCAAAGCACUGGGGCAUCGUGGCAGAUGCAAUUAAGCGCCGGCGCUAUGCCCAAAUGGAUUGUAGUGGAUCCUUCCGGUGGCUCCCCGCUGGAUGUUUGGGGACUGAUCUCUAAUAUGAAUGGUUCAAUUGUCAAAGAUACACCAUCUGUGUGGAGAAACCGGGAUGACGUGCGGGUCUGGUGGUUCUGCCUUUGGAUGCUCCAUCGUUUCUGUAGUAUUCCAUAGGGAAGGCCAGGUAAGCGCCAGGAAUGCUAUUCUUGGAUACAGCUACAUCUACCGGGGACUUUCCUGGUUGCAAGCCU